AUGCCAAUGAAUGUCAAUCCCCCACCAAUACCAUCAUCAAAUUACGGCACCGCCUCCCCUUCUGUAACAGUAAUUCUAACAAUAAUCCUCCUUGUUUUCUUCUUUCUAGGCUUCUUCUCUGUAUAUUUCUGUAGGUGUUUCCUUGAAAACGUUUCUAAUUCGUGGCACAUUCGUCGAACACCUUCCGGCAAUAACAUUGGUGCCCCAGAUGCAUCUGUCAUCAACGGCCUCGAUCAUUCUCUAAUUCAAUCCUUCCCCACUUUUUUAUAUUCAAGCGUCAAGGAUUUCCGCAAAGAAAAAUACGGUUUGGAGUGCGCAAUCUGCUUGGUGGAGUUCGAGGACGACAGUUUGCUUCGCCUUUUGACCGUUUGCUACCAUGUUUUUCAUCAAGAAUGCAUCGACCUCUGGCUCGAAUCUCACAAAACUUGCCCGGUUUGUCGUCGGAAUCUUGAUAUGCCGCCGGAAAGCUCGUUGAAAAAGUCUCCUCAUGAUCAUAAUGCGGCCGUGCACGGUGCUCAGGGGAGUAAUGAGGCGUUGGAGGGUUCUGUGCGGAUUGAUAUAAAAGAAUACGAGAAUGAUCAUGGGAGCUCGGAAUCCGCAGGAGAAAGCCAUGAACGUGCUUCUUCUAAGACGACGCGAGAAAACAAUGAAGCUAACAAGGUGGAGAGAUUUUCAAGGUCCCACUCGACCGGGCAUUCUUUGGUUAGGAAAAGAGAAGGGGAUGAUAGGUAUACACUGAGAUUGCCGGAGCACGUAGAAGUACGGCUUUUGAGAGGCCACAAUGGCGUUAAAAGUUGUACGGUAUUUGGGGAAUUCUCACACCAUACGGCGGGAAGCGAUUAA